AUGUCAGCUGUCAAUGACACCACAUUCAACUCUGCAGUGUUACUCCUCACCGGGAUACCUGGGCAGGAAGACGCCCAUAUCUGGAUCGCCAUCCCCUUCUGCUUCAUGUAUGCUAUUUCGAUAGCAGGAAACGCUUUCAUUCUGUUCAUUAUAAAGAGAGACCCAAGCCUCCAUGAGCCUAUGUACAUUUUCCUUUCUAUGUUGGCCAUCACAGACAUUGGAUUAUCAUUAUCCACCAUGCCGACGACACUCAGCACUUUCCUGUUUAACUCUAGAGAGAUCAGCCUGGAUGCCUGUUUUGCCCAGUUGUUCUUCAUCCACUCCUUUUCCUUCACUGAAUCCUCUGUGCUCCUGUUGAUGGCCUUUGACCGCUUUGUCGCGAUCUGUUACCCGCUGAGAUACGCCUCCAUCUUAACCCCACCCAGAAUAGCCAAGAUGGGACUGGUGUUUACGCUAAGAGGGGUGGCCGUAAUAUUCCCACUCCCCUUUCUCCUGAGACGCUAUCAAUACUGUCAAGUCAGCGUCCUGUCUCAUUGCUACUGCAUAAACCAGGAGGUCAUGAAGACGGCUUGUUCAGACAUCAGAGUCAGCAGCAUCUACGGCUUGUUUGUCACGAUCUCCACGGUGGGGGUGGACUCGCUGUUCAUUUUCCUCUCCUACGUGAUGAUCCUCAAAACGGUGCUGAGCAUCGCGUCCCACGUGGAGCGCCUCAAGGCCCUGAGCACCUGCGUCUCCCACCUCUGCGCCGUCCUCCUCUUCUACACUCCCGUGCUCGGCUUGUCUGUGAUACACAGGUUCGUGAAUAACGCUUCCCCCUUGCUUGAGAUUCUCAUUGGCUAUGUCUACCUGGUGGUCCCGCCCCUGAUGAACCCGAUCGUGUACAGUGUGAAAAGCAAACACCUGCGUGCGAGGAUCAUCAGGGUGUUUGUCAAGUGA